AUGGUAUUUCCCGGUCGUUUCAGCACUGGCUGCAUCCGCUGUCGGCAGCGCAAGAUCAAGUGCGACGAGACAAAGCCUACCUGUCAUCGCUGCUACGUCCACGGCUUACCCUGCCCGGGAUAUACUGACCAGUUUCCAUUCCGCCAGCCAUUGCAAAGCUCUAGUUUCAAAGGCUCGAGGGCGGCCUCUCCAGGUCUAUCCCGCUCCAAGUCACCAAACCCGUCACAACACGUGAAUACUAACGGUAACGACGACGAACGUGCCUGGGACCCAAUCAAACGUGUGCAGUCUCAAAGUGCAAUGCUGGUUAGAUCUCCCAUCAUAGAUCUAUGUGAUGAUGACCGCGCCUCCCUAAGCUACUUUAUCCAUCGUUUUGUAGCCCGCAAUAGGGCGGAUAGUUAUCCGAGCAACAUGACCUGCCUCCCCAGUAUCUUGAACCGCGAUGGCCACGGCCUUUUGGAGGUUACUGCCCUGAGCGUAGCUCGGAUGGCUGCCUACAACCAGCUUGGAUGCGACAGGCUUCGGGUGCAAUCUUACCGUAAUUAUGGUCGAGCUAUCGGCAUGCUCCAGGAUACUAUAUCCUCCGGGCAAGGCAUCACUGAUGACAAAGUCCUUGCUUCAGUCCUUUUGCUUUGCACUUUCAAGGAUAUCAGCGGCGAAGGCUUUGGUGACCCCAGCGAGCAUGUAUCCGGGCUUUAUUCCCUUCUAGAGAUGAGGGGGCUUGAGCAGUUGGCUACGGGUAGGGGCUUUGAGCUCUAUAUCCUUUCGCUUCUGCGAAUUCACAUUUACUCAUUUUUGCAUAACGACGACACCUAUAGCGACCCUGGCGGGAUGGAGCAUUUUCUCGGCCUUUUCGACCCGCUGAUGCGCGGCAUGUCUUUAACGACGGAAAUGCUGCACUUGAGGCAUGCUCUGGUUAGCUGCACAAGUGGUAUUCGGCGCUCAACAGAGACUUUCACAUCGUGCGACCAAGAGGCGGUAGACGCUCAAUUACUGGAAGACUGCUUCCAGAUUCUCUAUAAGUUUGAUACCUGGGAUGAAGAGGCCCCAGUCUACUGGAGAAACACGUUUGAGGAUCGUACAGUACCUAUCGCCCUUGGAAAGGUUGCCACAGGGUCGCACUACUACGACCCGGAAACCGCCUGCACGAUUAUCUUAAUUCGCUUAUCACGUCUGAUUCUUUUGAUAAGCGCGCUGGAAUAUCUCGAAGAAAGGAUACGACAGGGCGCCAGAGGGGGGUACGCUAUAAGCGCUGGAUGGGCCGACUACUUGCCCGCUCUAGAGCAUGAUGUUCGCGUAACUAUCGACGAUAUGCUCUCAUGUGUUCCCUACGCCUUAGCUGAAGUGGACCCGAGUGGCCAGCCUGUACCCACGCCCAAUGAUGGGGCCGGGGCCCUGAUUAUUCUUCAGCCAUUGAAAAUCAUUACAUCUUGCAAGCGCGCGACCUCCCAGCAGCUACUAGUCUGCAAAUCUAUUCUUACUCAUAUGGAUAGAGUUAUUGGUAUUAAGUCAGCUACUGUAUUAAAGACAGAAGCUAAUCCUUUAUUAAAGAUAAUAAAUAAAAGUUUACUUAUUUAG